AUGCCUUUGUCCGACCUUUGGUCUGAGAUUUCAUCAGACGAAGAGAAGGACCCACCUAGCCAUCCACGAUUUCGUGCGUGUGUGGCUGCAGCAGUUGCAAGGCAACGACAACGAGAGAGAAAAGAAUCAGAGACACCAAAAACGUGGGCAUCAUUGCUACAAGAGGGUUUUUUCACACACAAGUUGUUCUAUCUGCCAGGCUAUUCGAAACAGCAGGAUUACCAAAAGGCAUCUUCAGAAAGAGCGCGAUGCUGCUUUAGUUUGAUCAAGUACAUGAUCAAUUCUAUCCAAAGGCUGUUCCAAGAUAGUUCUGGCAGAUGCAAGACUGUGCAUCAUGUCGUCAACAGCGUGAUUGCAGACGAUACCGACACAAGAAUUCGUGAUUCGUUGCAAAAGUCUGCAGUCCAAACUGUUUGCAACACAGUCCAGAGUCUCCAUGUUAGGUACAGCCAGCCGGGUGCCAAAGAAUGCUGGGAGUCACUCAACAUCCCAACUCCUAUGGUUGUCCUAGCUGCUACAAAAACUGGGCACAUCCAUUCAGCAAUGACAGCAUUUUCUGUUGUCUGCGCAAACAAGGUUGGGCAGUUGAUGCAGAACUGUGGGCUUUCACCAGCUGCAGCUGGGACUGACAGCACACCUUUCCGCACAGAAAUUCUAACAGGAGACGCAUUGAAGGCAAAUGCAGCUGCUUGGAGAAUUGAGGUUAAGCAGUUGGCAGAGCACAAUUCUCAAUGCAGCCAGUGCACGAUGGGAGUGUAUUGCAAGUGCCAGGUGCACCAGCUCAACUUGAUUCGCAAACCGAUGGGUGCCAAGUCAGCACUAGACGAGAUCCUCACCUUCAUCAACGGUGACACAUCCCAGGACAUCCUGUGUCACUGGUGCUUGGUUGAGUCAGGGUGCUGUAAGGAUCAAGAAGAAAGCCUGAACCGCCUCAUUCGAUUGUUGGUGCCUUUUUUUACAAGGGGCUUCCCAGUGCCUUUGCUGAGUCGCUUCAAACACUAUGGAUUGGCCAGCAGCUAUGUAAAAGUCGGCACUACACUGUGCAAGAUUCUCCCACAAACUUUGCAGCGAAUGAAAGGCAGUGGAGCUUCUAUCAGUGCAGAGCUGAGCAGUAUGAUCGAUACACUUUUGGCUGACACUGGCAUGUCAUCAUCUGGUGGCAGUCUGAAUGAGGAAGAUUUUCAAGUCUUGUUGGGGGGCUUGAUGGAGGCGGAUAUGCAAUACAGCCUUCAAAACUCAGUCAGAAAAAACAUGAUGAUCAAAGCUUUUGGCCAGGAAGACUUUCCCACGCACACUGUCAUCAUGGACUGUUUGCUUCAACCAAUCGAGACGGGAAUCAACACCCUUUUUUCCAGGACAAAGAUUUUACACCAAUUGUCAAACUUGGGAACAGCGCACCCAUCAUUUGCUGAUCUUUGCCAAAAAAGCCGCAGCAAAUUCCUCAGAAUCGUGGAUGGUUCGCUUGGUCAAGAACUCAUGGUUGGCUACCUGAGCAUUUUGGAGAAAGGUUUGGCAGAAAGUAUUGAGUUUGGCCUGGAUAUCAAGGAUUCUCCCAAGCUGCUGAAGUUGGCAUAUGAUCUAGUCAUUGUGGGUGUGACGGACACGUGGCGAAGACUGGUGCUAGACUUUAAGUCUGCUCCAUUUUCGUUGUUUGGCUUGGUUGGGCUGACACCUCAGCAGUUUCUUCUACAGUGGGAAGCUCUUCACAAAAAGUUUGCAUCCUGCAACGCAUGUGUUGACAAUGCCUUCACUGGACUGCUGCUUUCACAGUUUCCCAUGUCCAAGUUUGACGGGCCUGCAGCUGCAGCAGAUUCUUUUUGCCAGGAGGUCCAGCAGUUGUUGUUGGAUGUUGCCACGUUUGCACCAUUAUCCAGUGAUUUGGUUGAGAUAAAGCAUGGUGGUGUGCAGUGGGCAGUCUCUCGCAGGGGAAGGCAACAGGUUCGUGCUCCAAAAGCAGCAAGAGAGAUAACUCUUCUCCAGGCAUGUUUGAAACAGUUUCUUUGGGCACAGUCACAUGUUGCUGACGAGACAAUGCCAUCCAAAGCGACAGCAUCAGGCAUCCUGAAAAUGAGUGGAGAUCCACAAAAGAAACGGCAGCGUACAUCUCAAGAAACCCCGGCAGAGAAGCAGGCUCGGACUAGUUUGGCAACCAAGAGGAAAGUCAGGGCUCUUUCCGCCUGGAAUGUUUUCCAGCAAGAGCAAAUGCAGCAAAGCAGCCAGAGUCUUACGCCAGAUGAAUAUAGGGUCUUUGUGAAGGAGGUGAGUCAAAAGUGGAGGCAAUUGUCUGCUGAAGAGAGGCAGCCGUACCAGAUUGAGGCAGAGCAUCAGCAGCAGCUGAGAAACAAGCUUGCAGAGACACCAUUGGCACCGAAGGCAGACUCAGCCAGUGUUGGCAACAGUGACAUCAACCAAUCACAGAAGGACCGACAAGACCUUGAAGACAAAGUUGGUACAGGGGCUUUGCGACUAUCUGCCAUUGACAUCACCACCAGCGAUGAGACCAUUCAGCAGUUCUUGGACCAAGCAAUGCACACAACUCCUGGGAGUACUGAAUUGCGGUCAGACUGUCUUUUGGACCAGUGCUCACCAGAUCACUGUGAAAAGAAAGCUGGUUUAGAGUCCAAAAUGGCAUGGGCACUCUACUAUCAGCUUGCUGAGUUGAAGGUGAAGCCAGGGACGUUGCUUUCACUUCACAGCUCAUCAACAAGUGAAUCAUAUGCCUACAUCCUGGGAGUCACCCAAAAGAAGCCACUUCUGCAAAUUUUGGUUGAAGUGACCUUUGAAGGAAAUGGUGAUAUCAUGUUGAAAUGCGUCGACAGCGUGCCACAAGUGGCAACAUCGCAUCAAAUUUUUGCAUCACUGGUCAAAUCCUGUGAUCAACGCGUUGACGUCCAGGCUGGGGAGGAAGCAUCAGCCAAGCAGCUUGAGCAGGACAUCAAAAAGUAUGACCAGGCAAAGGCUGAUCUUGCUGACCAGUACAAAGGAGAUUCCUGGUCUAUUCCUGUGGCCGGCUCGAUCUUGACUGCUGUGCUGGCGGGAGCUUUGCCUGGGCCCAACAACAAGCCAGCGCUUUGUUUGGUGCCAAGCCCAUCUACCUUGGAGCCUCAACCAGGACCAGCAUGGCCCUGGUUGGAAGAGGAGGUGUCUGAAAGUCAGGAAGGGUCAGAAAGUGAGUCUAACCAGACUUGGGAACUGUGGGACUCAGAACUGUCUGACGUUGAGAAUGAGAGUUGUGCACCAGACCCACGGCCCACUGUGAAACAGUUUGACUGCUACAUUGUUCGGGACACUGGAACAUUCUGCAGGCAGUGUCACAGGGAGUUCCAACUUCGCUCAUGCAACUUUUUGUGGUUCAAUGAGUUUUAUCAUCAGGACUGCUUCAUGACCAGGGUUACCCAAGAAGGCAUGGAAAAUGAGGCUUUGAUGGAGCUGAGCGACUUUCAAGCUGGUGCAUUGCCAGAACUUCAGCCACCGAUCAACUCAGUCAUUCACCUUCUGAUUGAGAUGACUGAGCCUACCCAGGAAUUGCCUGGUCUUGAUGGUAUCAAUGCUCUGGGGGCCCCAACUGCCAAUGCCAACAGCGAUGCCAACACCCUUGCAGACACACAAGUUGCACCUCACGUGGCCCAGAGUCGUGUGAAGCGGGUGGAGCAUGUGGACAGUGCCGACGCUGGCGCCACCCACGAGAAGAACAAAGCAGCGCAGGAGGAAGAGGACAAAGCUUUGGGCAAUGUGGUGGAGGAAGAGGAAGAGGCGAAGGGCAAAGGCACGGACACAGCUGUGGCCAAAGCUGACUCCUUCAUCUCUUUCGUGAACAGCUUGGAGCCUUUGGCAGUGUGGCAAGGCACUGUGAAAGCCUCAGACAUUGAUGCCAAAUCAAGCAAGGCUGUGGAAGUCAUGAACCAGUUGGCUCUGGCUGGGGGUAAAGACCAGAAAGCAGAGGCUUUGUCGGUCAAGCUCAGUGACACAAUCAAGCAGACUUGUAAUCUUGUCGACUAUUUGACCGGCUUGCAGAACAAGCUGCAAAAUUUGCAAACCAGAGCAACACAGCCAUCCGAGAGGCACAGUCCUAUGACCAUGGAACCAGAAGAGAGGAAGUACUUCAAUCAUCUGCCAAAGAAUGUUGCCCAUGCUAUCUUGACCGACUUUGGGCGAGCCGCAACGGAGGAGGAAGGGGAUGAGAAUCUCCAGGCUGAGCAUGGUCUUUCUCCCAAGAUCCUUCAUGAUUUGCAGAAGUUCUUAGCAUGCUCCUACGCUCUUUUCCAUUCUCAGGGCAAGGCUUUGGACCAAAAGAUUCUGCAGGAUUUGCAGGCUGUGGCGCCAAUGUCCACUCGCUUUUCACCUCGCUGCAAUUUGCUUUUCCGCACCAACAACAGACUCAGGACCUCACCUUGCAAAAACCGGCGGUCAGUGGGUCAAGUGAGUGUUGUGUGUGAUGUGACACUUUUGAUUGAAGUUCAGAAGUUCAGUUCAAUUCACAGUGAUAUGUUUUUUGCUAGGACUUUGUGGGGCGAAGUGACAGAUUUGGCAAAGCUGGCCAUCACUGACAGCAAGGUCUUGGAAGAGUCUCUUUCACUAGCUGACAAGGUGCAGAAUCUAGUGACGGAAUUGGGAAAUGGCUCUUCUGAGACAACCAGCUGGGACACUAUUUGCAAGAUGAUCUUUCAGUGUGCCCCCGCUCAUUCGUGCUGUGAUGCUUGCGGCAAGUCAGAUAAGGAAGGUGCAGCAGAGGCGUUUGAGAAGCUGAAGUCCGCCAUGGACGGUCUUCUUCCUCUGUUGGACUCGUCCACUUUGGAGCCAAUGAUCAAGGACUUUGAGAAGCACAUCAGUGACUUUUGGCUUUGCACAGAACCAAAGGAGCUCAAACUUCCAUGUCAGAACAACCCAGCUGCAAUGCUUUGCCUUUGGAAAGUGGCAUCUCGAGGAAUGGCUUGCAGCAAGGUGUUGCAGAAGGAUCCUGCGUAUCAUGCAGCAUUGGCCGGUGUAGCCAAGACUUUUCUCAUGCACGGGCAGUACGAGCAGCCUUCUUUGCAGCAAGCCUGCUCAUUUGCCUCAGACAUGCAGAAAGAGCUUUUGAGUUGCCAAAAGCUGGAGGGUCUUCCACGAUGGGUGAGGGAGAGCCGUCUAGCCAUGGAGAGGUUUACAAUGUCAGUGACUUUGCACGCCAAGGAGAUGUGGAAAGAGAUGAUCAGCUCCUCAGGUGUUGAACACACGAUUUCCAAGAUCGAGGAGGACAAGUUGGACAUGCCUCCAGAACUUGGAAAAUGUUUCUCUGUGCUGAAGCAGGGCAAGCUCAUUUCCGAGCUGAAGGAGGAGCCAGGGGACUCCAUGAUCCAGAAUGUGAAGAACAUGUUCACCCUGGCAUCGCUCGAGAUAGAAAACAUCAGGUACUUCUUCCCCGAGGUGUUCAAGAUUGUCGAGACCUACAGCAACCAGGUGCGUGCAGCCACUACAAAGAAUCUCAAUGACAUCGGAGACUGCAUCAAACAGGGUCAGAAAUUAUUUGAGCCUUUGAGGCCAGACUUUCAAGAUUCAUUGAUUGGUUUGAAAUGGCAGUCAAACGUUAGGCCCAUUGUGGACUGUGUCACACACUGGAAAAUGGACCCUAUUUUGCCACUUCUGACAGAGUCCGGUACCAGCAAGAUCUUCAAGGAUAUGGCAGAUUGGCGCUAUGACGCACUACCGCACCUUGAUCUCUUGAAGGUCAUCCUGUCUUGGAAGACCUCCCGCAAUUCUGGAGAGGAGAUCAUGUCCAUGGAGCUCCGCCAAAUUGGUGCCCUUUCUUGUGCGUGUGGGCUUGCUGCUGAAGCAGUGGUGAAUGCUGAGAAGUACGAUGACCAGUUGAAGACGUCCAGGAAGAUUGCUCAGUACAUCAGUACACAUUUUGGCCUCUCAAAGGAGGACUUGCCAGAGACAUUGCGCCUCAAGUUUGAAGAGUUUGCCACCAAAGGCAAGGAAACGCAUGAAGAGCCUCCCAAAGGGAACGAUGCCACUGCUGCCCCAAAAAAGCGGGCACAGACCAGGUCACCUGCUACCACAGCACCCAAAAAGGCAGCAAAGGCUGCCAAUGGUGGCAAGAAGAAAUAG